AUGGCCCUCCACGGCGUGGUCAGCAAUCUUGUUUCGACAUUUUUCAUCAAUCUCGCCCCAUUUCACCUGCUUUUCUACUCGGCCCUGCUCGGCACCGAACUCUUCCAAACCUUUGUCAACACCAAAGUGUGCUUCGUCGCCCUUCCCCGCUCAGCGUUCACCACUUUGCAAAAGCGCCUCUUUCCUGUCUAUUUUGGGACACAGACAGCCUUGGUCGUCCUGAGCGCCCUAACCUUUCCACCACAUGGCCUUUCCUCCUUGAUUCUACGCAAGGGGAACUGGAUUCCGUACGCCGUUGCAUUUGGCACUGCACUCCUCAACCUCGUAGUGUACGGGCCCCGGACGCGACGGGCGAUGGUGAAUUGUAUUCAUCAAGAAACUCGCGACACACUGCAUGCUGGGGAAGAGAGCCGUGUUGACCGCGAACCAUCUCCCGACAUGCAGCGUCUUAGGAAGUCUUUUUCAAGGCACCACGCCAUGGCAAUCCAUAUCAACCUGAUCUCCAUUGGGGCGAUGGUGUUUCACGGUUGGAGAUUGGGCUCCAAGCUGGCUAUCGGGGUGGAAUGA